AUGUCUCCUGCUUAUGUAUCUGAAAAAGAUCUUUUUUUGAAGAGAAAAUUAAAUGAUGUGAGGAACUUCUUAGAAUUAAAGCACGUGGAUAUGGUGAUGGAUGUCUCAACGUAUGCUGUCUACUGCCAUGCACUCUUCCGCAGUGCAGAAGCGGUAGAGCUGCAUCUCUCCAGGCCAAGAAUCCGAAAUGUUGGUGAAAUUUCAAUAGGCGAUAUCCACGAAAUGACUGCACCUAAGUUCCUUCUUUUGGCGCUGCGCCGCCAGGUGCAUGCGGCGUGCUUCUUAUCCGAUGCUGCAGAAGGAGGGCCACCACUUAGUCAGGCAGAGGUUGAAGCUCUGUCGAAAGUGGAGGAAGAGCUGGAGAGGCUCUACAAUAUCGUCUUUCCGGAGACUUCGCCGCGAGCCUCCGAUACAGACUCGGAUUCCGAUUAA